CUUGGCUGCGGGCAGCUGCUCUACUCCCAUAGCCAGGCUAGGCUCAGUCUGGGGGCAGGACGGGGCUCCAAGGAUGUCGCCCUGGAUUACAAACCUAGCAGAGGGUCUCAGGGAGCUCCCAGCAUGAAGCGUUUCGCCCUCGUCCUGAUGCUGGCCGUCCUGGCAGGCAGCCAGGCCUCUCUCCUCAGCGAUGAGCCCACACCGAGGUUGGAGCAGGUCCGGGAAGCCUUCUGGGAGUACGUGGCAAAAGCUGAGAAAAUCAAGGAGCUGAUCCGUAAAUCUGAGCUGGGCCGGAAGCUCAACAGCCGCGUCAGCCACAGCCUGUUGGCUGCCUACAGCUAUGGCACAGAGGUGCAGAAGCAGCUGCCCGCUGUGGCCCAGGAGCUGGUGGCCAAGCUGAGCAAGGACAUGGACCUGCUGGUGCAGAAGGUUUCCGGGGACCUGCGGGAGCUGAACCAGAAGGUGCAGCCAUCCAUUGCGGAGCUGCAGAAGAGCGUGGAGGAGCUGCAGGCUGGGCUGGCGCCCUAUGCCGAGGGGCUGCUGGAGCAGCUGCACAGCCAGCUGGGUCCCUACGCCCAGGACCUGCAGGGGCGGCUGGGCUCCCUCUGGGCCUCCUUCCUGCAGCACUUCCAGUGAGGGGCCUGCGCUGGUGGGGAGAUGGGAACACAGAGCCAGGCGGGCGAGGGGUGAGACACAGACCCCAUCCAUCCAUGGAGCCCAUGGGACUGGGAGCACAGACCCCAUCCAUGCACGGAGCCUUCAGGGGUCACAGGUGCUCGAGAGGGGGCAGCCUCCUCUCUAAGGGCCCCUGACAUGCCCAGGGUCCCUGUCCCAUCACCCCUAGUCACUCCCUGUGUCUGUAACAACCUCCCAGGAGCUCAAUAAACCACCUGCUGAUUAAUCA